UGUGUAUGUUAAUAUAUCUACUAAUUAAGUUUCAAAUACUUGAUUGAAGGUCAUAGCACAAUCCGUGUUUGCCCCCGUAAGGCUCAUGCACGUGGCACGAAUCUCACUCUGUAGCCUUGAUUGUUAAUAAAAUAUAUCUGUAUUAUGUGAGAUAUAGUAGAGAACUAUCAGGGAUUUCUGACUACCUUUUACAGCAAAUUUAAUUAACUAAUUUAAAUAAGGACAAUUGAGGACAAAUGUAUAUUAUUGGGGAUUUUUUAUUGAUCUUAUGAAAAAUAAUGGCAGAAGUUACAGUUGCAUCAAGAAACAAAUGUUCAAGGAAACUAAAUCUGUUUAUUUCAUAUGCGUUUCUUUCUGACUUUGCAGCACAACUAGUCACGUGGGCGUGGCUAAACGUUUGACUUUGCACAUCACGUGAUGGUGCAUUAACAAAUCAACAAUUACCGUGCUCGUAUUCUUUAGGGGUAACUAAAAACGUUUUUAAGACGCGUUCGGGCGAGCUCGUGAGAAAUGUGCGAGCACAAUCUCCUUAGCUCUGGCUAUGUUGCUCCCCUUUUGAAUUUUCACUCUCCCGACUCCCUGUACCUCCAAAACCUUCGAGGCAAUGGAGUCCAUCUAUCUGGCCUUCCGCAGAUGUCCUACAGUAGAAGUGAGGUGUGCUCGCUCCCGUGGACUUCUCCAAAUGCGUGCACUCCUCCGGCCCAGAGCCGCGCCUACAGUGGCUUCGCUCAGCCGUUUUUCGGCAAUUCAGCCGCUGUGAGCGCUAGCCUCAAAAAGGGCUCACUGGAGGAAUCCGGGAGGUACUACUUCCAAGAUGUCAGCCACAAAUCAGACGAGCCAAGUCGACCUAAUGCAGCUUACGCAGGAGAGCAGAGCUCUGUCAGCAACGAAGUUUCAAACUUGGAAAGGCGACAGCAGAACAGGGUUGAGCCGAUUGAACUGACAUCCAUUGACCAGCCAGUGACCGAUGCUUCAAAGCCUCCAGUCCAACCAUCACUGAGCAGCCAGACUAGGUCAGCCUUCUCCGAUGGACUACCAUGGUGUCCCUCACAGGUGAGAUCAAGAAAGAAGAGAAAACCUUACACGAAGCCACAGUUAGCCGAACUGGAGAACGAAUUUAUGAUAAAUGAAUUUAUAAACCGACAGAAACGAAAGGAGCUUUCGGACAGAUUGGAACUGAGUGAUCAGCAAGUGAAAAUCUGGUUUCAGAAUCGCAGGAUGAAGAAAAAAAGACUCAUGAUGCGCGAUCAUACCUUCACUAUAUACUAAUUACUUUUUUUUUUUUUUCAACAAUUGUUGGGUUUGUUUUUUAGGUGGUGACAUCAUUCAUACAAGAGACUUUUCUUGCUAGUCCACCA